AUGGCCAAGAAGAAGACUGCAGGACCACAACCAUCAUAUUCCAAAGGUAGGACCAAAAUAACAACAGAAACAGAAACAAUAAGCACACAAACAGAUAGUGAAGCCACCACCACCACCACCACCACCACCACCAAUCGUUAUUCACUUCUAAAUAUAUGGGUGAUUUCUUUAGCACUUAAAAUUCUUCUUUUCAUUGGGUAUCAUUCCACAGAUUUUGAUGUUCAUAGAAAUUGGUUGGCAAUCACCAAUAAACUUCCAAUUUCUCAAUGGUAUAUUGAAAAUACUUCUCAAUGGACAUUAGAUUAUCCACCAUUUUUCGCUUAUUUUGAAUAUUUAUUAUCAUUAUUGGUACCACAAUUUGUUAAAGAUGAUGGAUGUUUGGAUAUUGUUGAAAUUGGUCAAUAUGGAUUACCAACAAUUUAUUUCCAACGAAUUACUGUCAUUAUUAGUGAAUUGAUAUUAUUUUAUGCAUUACAAACAAUUGUUAAUACUUCACCAACUCUUUCUGCAAAAAGAAGAAUGUAUGUUGCCACGGCUAGUCUUGCAUUAUCUCCCGGAUUGAUACUUAUUGAUCAUAUACAUUUCCAAUAUAAUGGUAUGAUGUAUGGAAUACUACUAUUAUGUAUAAAUAGUGCCCGUUUACAACAAUAUGUAUUAUGUGGAUUUUGGUUUUCUAUAUUGUUAUGUUUCAAACAUAUUUAUUUAUAUUUGGCUCCAGCAGUAUUUAUUUUCCUUCUUCGAGGUUAUUGUUUGAAAUUUAAUUGGAAUAAACGUAAAAAUUGUUUCAUCAAUAUUGUCAAUUUUAUUCAAUGGAUCAAUCUUUUCAAAUUAGGUGGAGUAGUAAUUUUGGUAUUUGCAAUUGCUUUUGGUCCAUUCUAUAAUGUUUUCCCACAAUUGAUUUCUCGAUUAUUCCCAUUUAGUCGUGGUUUAACUCAUGCAUAUUGGGCCCCUAAUAUUUGGGCAGUUUAUUCAUUUCUUGAUCGAGUAUUGAUUCAAGUUUAUAAAAAAAUCCCCAUGAGUAAAUAUCCUUUAUUGAAAAUAUUUCAAUUUGAUCCAACUUUAUUGGCUAAUAAUGAAUUAUUGAAAACUUCUACUCGAGGUAUUGUGGGUGAUAUUGAAUUUUUCAUACUUCCAACAAUAACUCCUAAAUUGACUUUUCUAUUGACAUUAUUUUAUCAAAUCAUGGCUUUAAUCCCAUUAUUCAUUCAACCCACUUAUAGACGAUUUGUUGGUGCCCUCACAUUAUGUGGCUAUGCAUCAUUUUUAUUUGGAUGGCACGUACAUGAAAAAGCGAUUUUAUUAGUCAUUUUCCCCAUGACAUUAUUGGUCGCUCGAGAUAAAAGAUUAUUAACUCCAUUUAACUUAUUAGUUAGUUGUGGUUAUGGAUCUUUAUUCCCCCUUAUUUUCACUUGUAAUGAAUGGCUAAUUAAAGUGGUUUACACUUAUACUUGGUACAUUAUAUUUUAUUUCAAUUUUAGAAAAGUAGUAAGACCUUCAAGGAAUAACAUUGGUCGUGGUAGUGGAAUCAUUUUAGACAGAAUGGUCAAUUUAUAUAUUUUACUUUUCAAUGUCGUUGUUAUUAUAACUAGUUUGUUUGAUUUGUUUAAACAUAAAUACCCAGUUUUGCAAAAUUUUGAAUUCUUAAAUUUGAUGAUUUAUAGUGUUUAUUGUGCUAUUGGAAUAAUUAGUAGUUGGAAUGGAUUCUGUUGGUUGUAUUUUGUUGAUGACGGUAUAUGGAACCAAGAUCAAUAA